AUGGCGGAGAUAUUUCUCGACAAAGCGAUCAGCUUGCUGUCAUCGGACAAGCAAAAAGCGCGCUCAGAUGGCUUAGCAGAUUUGAAACACAUUCUUCAGCAGAACAAAAAGAGCUCCAAGCUUCAGACCCUCAACGAUAAAGCCUGCCAUAAGAUUUUCGAGUCACUAUUCCGGUUCGUUGCAACAGAAAGGUCGGCAUUCAAUCGCGCGCCGAAUUCCAAAAGCGCUUCCGCAUCGCGGCUCUCAACAUGUGCAUCUGUACUCCGAAUGGCGGUUGACCUCUUUCUGAGGAAUGUGAGGAUCAAAACGGUCCGAGCGAUCGUUGACCACAUCACUGAAACCAUUCCAAUCCCUGGGGAAGGCCUAUGGGACCAUCUGAGUGCGGACUACACCAAGUGUUUGGCGUCGCUUCUACGCUACCGUCCACAUGCAGAGCAUCUUGAUGAGGAGGACUGGGAAAACCUUAUAAGGUUUUGCCUUGCUGGUAUUGGUCUUCGGGAAAACGAAAGUCAGCUAAGCAUUCGAAGCUGUUAUCGGUCUGCCCACGAAGACCCGGAUGCUAGCGACAGCCGUUCGACCCCCUCGCGAAUGACCCCUGCCCCAACUAGCAGAGAAGGUCACAGCGGCAACAGAAAUGUCCAAGAGGGGCUCGUGCUUUGUAUCCAACUUCUGACAGCCGUCCUCCACCCUCCUAUUCAAAACACAGCGAAUAGCAUCCUUCAUGGACUGGUUGAUUUUGUUACGUCACCCUCAAUCGUAGCUGGGAAUACGCACCAGCUCGCCUUCAGUAGCAUCAAUGCAGUCAUUACUCAAGUCAUGUUUGAUCAGACCGAGCUUGUCCGCUCAUCUUUGUUGAGCCUGGUUCCAGUAAUCCGACGUCUAUGGUCGUCCACCAAGCUACAGGGCCUCAAAGAUGAGUUACUUGUCACUUUAAUGCUGUCCAUUAUCAUAUUGGUGGAUACAGCUCGGAGAGAUCCGUCCGAAUCUUUGGCGCAUGAUGUGGAAGUGUUAGCGAAUUCACUCCACUCUGAGUAUGUGAAGCGUUCCGAAAAAGAGGCCCUACAGAUCGACGAUAUAAUUUUCUACCAAAAUGCGAAUGCGAUUGCAGAGCAGAGCCGGCCAAUAUAUGGACCUCGUCUCGGAAAUGCUAAAUCGGAGUUCAACUGGACCCUCAUCUGGAUCAUUGCAGAGUUAUUGAAGCUCUCAGAUGAUAUCAAUACUCGUGUCAAGAACCUUGGGUCACCACGCGGAGAUUCAAACAAAAGGCAGCGCUUCAGCUCUGAGCUUCAGGAUGUUCUUCGUGACUCCAUAUCUGCACCAAGCACCCGAAGAAUCUGUGCAUUACAGCUUGUGCCUUUCGUUGAACCAAAGCUCGACGCAGAAACCAAAGUCUCCUUCUUUAAGCAGCUAGUGCUAAGCAUCACCGACGACCAUGCUUCUGUAUCGGCCUGGACAAUGGUUGCUCUGGCAAGUAUUGCAAGCGGGACGACUGCAAAGUCGCCGGAGCUUCAAAGUCAUUGGCCACGAGUGGUCGACUUGACUGUGCGCGCAUUCUCCUCCCCAGUCACAUCAAGAGCUGCAUGUAGUCUGAUGAAUGUGGUGCUCCAGUCCGGCUUAUUGGAGUAUUCUGAUGCAAUGGAAACGACACGUUCAAUCUUGUCUUCUGCCAACUUGAAUGGACCAGCUGCCAUAUCAGACUCAUCACUGAGACUAUGGGCGUUCAUUGCACAGUCGAGGACACAACUAGAUCCUGGAUCAGCCCAGAAGGCUUCGAUGCAGAUCUGUGGCUGGUUAAGAGACGUUUGGACUGUUGGCUCCGUGACUGAUCGCAUUCAAACGGCUCGAGUAGCUGUGUACGCUCGCCCUUUGGACCUAUUGGGUCUCUUCUCAUCAUGCACUAACCGACCUUUCUCUAUCUCUCCACAUCAAUCAACCAAAUUGACGGGUCUUUCGGGAAGCUUUUCGGGAGGUGCAACGGGCAUGAUAACUCGGAAGUGGUUCUUUUUCCAUGAGAACUCCGAGCUGUUGGAAUAUGCCUUCCAUAUAGAUUCUGCCACUGCCACUCAUCAUGCCAACCCCUGGGUCCCGCAUGAAUCAUGGUAUUUGGAACAAUCCUCUCGGCAAGACCCUGACGAUAUAGUGAUCUUGGAUUUGCUUCGGGCGAGAUGUGAGACAUUCUCGCAGGCAUGGCGCGUCAUGAACGAGGACAGAUCAGUUAUAUCCCCAGAGAACUUGCAGAUCCUGGCGUCUUUUUGUAUUGUGACUUCGCUUUUCAUGGCAUGCCUCCCCCAGUCGGUACAGAUUCGAUCGCAAGAUUUACAGCAAAAUUGUCGGGCCCUAUGGAAUGCCAUAUGCAAUUUCCUGGCAAUGCAUGAAUUAAGGUACAUUCAUUCAUGUUUAGAAUUGCUGUCACCUCUUCUUGGCCCUUUGUUGAGCUCUGGUACUCCUUCUACUAUUCGGGGUAGUCUCAAGGAGCUUUUUACUCCACUUUCCAAAGUCCUUGAGCAGCUUCGUCAAGACUCAAAAGCUCAGACUUCCGAAGGUCACGAUCCUAUGGAUUUGGAUGACCGGUUGAUAAAUGAUCACGCUCAGUUGGCAAUCCAUGAAACAAUCAUUUCCACGAAUCGGAACGCUUCGUCGUUGUUCCUAGAUCCCAUCACAUUCCAACUAUGUGUGACCAUCCAAAUAUCGAUGUUUUUAAAGGCUGAGGCAGACCCAAAUUCUGGUCAUCUACGGGGAACAGGUCUUGUUGAUUACCUGACAAGCCUCGAUGAAGCUGAUCUCCUGUCGGCCCAGAACUUGCUACCCGAGAUUUAUCGCCGUUGCUCAAACUUGGCGCCUUCCGAAUUAUUGUCCAUCUUGGAAGACUUGGGUGAAAAAUGCUUACAGUCAUAUGAAAUGGAGCGAUGUGAAGCUUCGCAUUGCCUUUGCAUUCGCAUGAUGACCAGCUUUGUCAAUUCCUGGACAAAUGGGCCCGAUGAGAACUUGAAGGAUUCGGCCAUGGACUUGUAUAGUUGGUUCAUUGAAGUGCUCUUGGUCCGCAAACGAGCUGCUCCAAAAGCCUACAUUGCAUUGGCUGAACUCAUCCGGGGUGUCAUGAGCACUUCCCCUUCAUACGGCAAUGAGCAGUCUCUUCCCUCCCCCAGAACAAGUCUGUUCACCAUCCUGCGGGAGGGAGACGUCCAGGUCAAGUUCACCGUUGCCAAAUUCAUCCCAACGCUGUUUGAGCGCUUCCUCCUCAGAGACCAUGACGCUAUCUUUGAUGACGUUCUAGAAAGCUUGCCUCGUGAUCCAGAAUGGAUCGAAGGUAUCGCAGUCCGCCUUUUUGUGCUUUCCCAACUGGCUUCUCGGUGGCACACAUUGCUGCGCAGAAGUAUUUAUCAUUUGUUCGAGACCCCAGCUCAAGUUUCUUCGUCUCUGUGGUACGCUGAAAGAUGCAUUGUCUCUGUCUCCCAGAGCCUUGGCCUGCGGGAUGCCAAGGAACUAUUCCGUCUUUUCUCGUCUCAAAUACUGUACACUUGGACCGAGACUCAAAGCGUAAUGGCGAUGCCCUUCAGUAUAUUUGGAUACGACAACCUUCGGGAGAUGUUAAUUGACGUCAAAGACGAAAUCGUUGGCCAAAUGAUGAUGCGCGCCAAGGAACAGGAGACAGUUGAAUUGGCGGAACAUCUUGACGUGCCGCAUCUUGAACUCUUAGUGGGCUCUUUCCACAAGGCAGAGGCAUACAGCAUUGCGCGGGAUAUCAGUACCCCUCCAGGGCAAGGCAGCCAACCCAAAGGAGUGGAGGUUCAGCUUAGAAAGCUGCUAGGCGCAGACCAGUUCAUGACACAGGUCGAAAGCCGGUUUCCGUCAAUCGUUGCGGCCUUUUUCAAGUCCCUCGACUACUACGACCAAAUUGAAAGAGCAUUUUCCAAGCGUGCUAGCUUUGGCUACGCACAUGAUAUCCAGACGCAGAUCGUCAGCAAGAGCGCGUCUCGAAAUGUGCUGCCCGCAAACCAGCAGCCCUCGUUCCGAGCACGAUAUCUGCUGGACGAACUCGAGUUCCUUUGCAAACGCACUGGAUUCGAACUUGAAUCAAUAUGGACGCCAUCACUGGUUUCUUUUGUCUGUCGCUCGCUUCUUGAAUCGAUACAUCCUGCCCUUGGCUCACUUCAUGCUUGCUCUGUCAUCCGCAAAAUACGGAUUCUUGUGUGUGUGGCUGGUCCCGUGAUCCUUCAAGACUAUCCACUAGAAAUGGCGCUCAAUUCCCUACGGCCAUUCCUAAGUGACGUUCACUGUUCUGAAGAUGCCCUUGGAAUAUUCUGGUAUUUGCUCGAAAAAGGAAAACCAUACCUCCAAGAUAAUCCAGGUUUCACUGCUGGAACUGCUGUCUCAACGCUGGUUACUCUUCGCAAACUUUUCCUAUCGUCUCCGGAAAAUACGACCCAGGAAAGUCAGUUUAGAACGGUGCAGUCAAAUACCCAAAAAUUCUAUCAGUGGCUGGUAGGACUCUUUGGAGACCUGCUUUCCUCGGAUUGGGACACGAAGACGAAACAGUCGUUUGAUAAGCUAGUGAGCCUAGCUGAGCAAUUUUCCACAUCUAAGAGUUCCGCAGAUGGACACAUCGGGAAAGAGUUGGUCUUCGAAGUGCUCAAAGACCGCGAUUCUGCAACAUCGCUGCUCAGCAGGCCUGUAGCUGAUCUUGUUCUUUCGCUCUUAUGUCCUGAAUUUGGGACUUCUGAUGCUGAUGAUAGGUCCCUGAAUGAAGAUGUGGACCCUGCUUCACAUGUUGUUUCCCUGUGGCAUACGCUGCACAAUUUCAAUGGCGGGCCUCAAUAUCGACUAUGGGCUGCCCGGGUCAUCGGCCGUUCCUUUGCUGCCACUGGCAAGAUCAAUCAACUUCUCCUGCGCGAACAGGAUCUCUCCUUGUUCGAGGAUUCUGAGUCUUGCUUGUCAUCUGAUAUUUUCUGCCACUCCAAAGCCAGGAUUCUUCGGGUCCUUUGUGACAUGCUGCACAAUCAAAAUCAUCUCGAAGCUGGCUUGGUUGAGCGAACUCUGCAGCUCAUUAUCAGCAACAUAGCAAACUUUCCAGAUUUCCAAGGCUGUGGCGAUGUGAUACCUGAAUCUUUGAUGAAAGCACUCAUCUGGAGCCCGUACAAUUGCCCUGCCAUAGACCUAUCAACCCUGGAGGAGAAAAGGUGCCAAAAGGCACUAAUCAGCCCAUCUGGGAUCCCUGUUGCGAAAUGGGCUCGUGACGUUUCUCUGCUUUUGUCGACUGCUGCCUUGGAUGAUCCUGUUAUCGGGUCUCUUCGCAAGAUCCUCAACGCCGCCCCUGGCCUGGCGGUACAGCUGUUGCCCUAUGUGAUUCACGAUGUCUUGCUGUCCGAGAGACAAGCAAAGGGAGACAAGGGAGAAUCUCGAGAGGCUGUUUCUGCCGUGUUCAAAGAGGUCUUGUGCAAGGUGUGCGAGGAUACAUUACCUCACGCACAGCUUGUGAUAAGCUGCAUUCUCUACCUUCACAACCAACCCGUUCCUGAUGAAUCAACCAUUGUCCAACGCGAUAAAUGGCUUGAUAUCGACUUUAGAGAUGCGUCUUCUGCGGCACAUCGUUGCGGGCUGCAGAAAACUUCUCUUCUUUUCCUAGAAAUUCAGGCCUCCAAGGUGGUUUCAGGGUCCCGUCGGUCAUCUGUUGUCAAAUAUGAGCCACCAUCUGCUCUACUUCAUGAUGUUUUCAAGAACAUAGAUGAUCCGGACUUGUUCUAUGGUAUUCAGCAAAGUUCAUCGCUGACCAGCGUGAUGGAACGGUUGGAGUACGAAGGCUCUGGAUUCAAAAAUCUUCUGUUCCAGAGUGCGCAAUAUGAUAGUGGGAUACAGAUGUCAGACAGUGCAGACUCUUAUGGAGUUUUGAAGGCACUGAAUGCAACAAAUCUCCAGGGAAUCGCCAACACAAUGCUUUCCGCUUCCAGUGGUACAAAGGAUUCCCCUGUGGCAGUUGAUAGCAUGUUGCAAGCAGCCACCAGCCUUCAAAACUGGGAUAUUCCAGUCUCGCCCUUGGAUACAUCGCCAUCAGCAACCGUCUUCCGAGCUUUCCAGGGUCUCAACUCAUCUGGUUCUCUGCUCGAGGUCACCAGCUCAGUCGAAAAAGGGCUGUUGACUACCCUUGAUUCUCUCAUAGAAAACGGUCGUUCCGCCAUCCAGUUGCGCACUUCGAUGCGCGCACUUGGAAUCAUGACCGAGAUCAGUGAUACUCUACACUCUGCGAGUCCUGAAGAGAUGGAGGCCGAAUGGAAAAAGAUAAUGGUGAGAAGCAGCUGGCUGAAAACCGAAAGCUAUCAUGAGGUUGGCGAAAUCUUGUCAUGGCAUGAGGCAUUGUUCUCGUCGGUCAGGAAAAAUGAUGUUCUCAAAUCAUCAUCACGGCUGAGUCUCGGCGAUUCCCGGUUGCUAGAGGCGAAAGUCAUCCGGCAAUCGCUGGAAGUGACUAGAAGUCAUGGCAUCUCACAGGCAUCACUAAAAUCUGCAAUGAACCUUUCGAAGCUUGCCGAGCCAUGUGCAGCUUUGGGGAUGAAUAUUGAAGGAGCCGCAAAAUUCGACCUUGCCAAUGUUCUUUGGGACCAAGGCGAAAUGACAGCGUCAAUUCGCAUGCUUCAGCAUUUGAAGGGCCAAAACGAUCUCCACAACCAAGCAAUUCCACUCAGUCGGCCUGAACUGCUUGUAACUUUGGGUCAUCAUGUCGCUGAGGCACGCUUGGAAAAGCCCGACUCUAUUCUUCGAGACUAUUUAUACCCUGCAGUCAAAGAACUCAAAGGGAGCUCCGACGGUGAAGAGGCUGGGCGAGUCUAUCAUGGAUUUGCAACCUUCUGUGAUCAGCAGCUCUUGAAUCCCGAUGGGCUGGAAGAUUUCAAGCGAGUGGAGCAACUUCGUGACCGCAAGGAGAAAGAAGUCUUUGGCCUCGAGGAGAUGAUGAAGAACGCCACGGGCAAGGAGAGAGAGUAUUUGAAGAACUACCGUGCUAAAGCGAAACAAUGGUUCGACCUUGACGACCGUGAGUAUCAACGUUUGCUGCGAAGCCGAGAAGCGUUCCUCCAACAAUGUCUCGAAAAUUACCUUCUUUGUUUGAGAGAAAGUGAUACCUACAACAAUGAUGCUCUACGUUUCUGCGCACUCUGGCUCGACAAGUCAGACAUCAAAACAGCAAAUGUGGCUGUCUCCCGAUACCUCGAUGAGGUACCAAGUCGCAAAUUUGCACCUUUGAUGAACCAGCUAUCCUCUCGUUUGCUUGAUGUCUCUGAUGACUUCCAAAGACUGCUCACGCAAUUGGUCUUCAGGAUAUGCGUCGAGCACCCCUUCCACGGAAUGUAUCAAAUCUUCGCCAGCAGCAAGUCGAAGGGCGGUAAAGAUCAGUCGUCUGUCUCGCGCUUCCGUGCUGCAAACCAGCUUGUGGAUCGUCUUAAAAGCGACGGCCAGAUUGGUCCCACUUGGGUCGCUGUGCACAAUGUGAACAUUAGCUACGUGCGAUUCGCAGUCGACAGACCAGACAGCAAGUUCAAGAGCGGCGCCAAAGUUCCAUUGAAAACCCUCGCGACUGGACAGCGCCUCGGACAAGAUGUCAUCACUUAUAAACUGCCACCACCUACUAUGAAGAUUGAACUCCGCGUGGAUUGUGACUAUAGUCAUGUUCCGACGGUUGCCAAGUUUUCCCCCGAAUUUACCAUUGCCUCUGGCGUCAGUGCGCCGAAGAUUGUCACUGCCGUUGCCUCUAACGGCGAGCGCUACAAACAGCUGUACAAGGGAGGAAAUGAUGACCUGCGUCAAGACGCCAUCAUGGAACAAGUUUUCGAGCAAGUUAGCAGUCUCUUGAAAGACCAUCAGCCUACGCGCCAACGGAAGCUAGGUAUUCGGACCUACAAGGUUCUUCCGUUGACCUCCAAUGCGGGAAUCAUUGAAUUCGUCCCCAACACCAUUCCCCUACACGACUACCUGAUGCCAGCCCAUCAAAAGUACUUCCCCAAGGACAUGAAGCCCAAUUCCUGUCGCAAACACAUUGCCGAUGUCCAGACCAGAUCCUUUGAGCAACGCGUCAGGACCUAUCGGCAAGUGACCGAGCAUUUCCAUCCGGUGAUGAAAUAUUUUUUCAUGGAGAAAUUCAACAACCCAGAUGACUGGUUCAGCAAGCGACUUUCCUACACUAGGAGUACAGCCGCAAUCUCAAUCCUCGGCCACGUUCUGGGUCUCGGUGAUAGGCACGGACACAACAUUCUACUGGACGAAAAGACCGGAGAAGUCGUGCACAUCGAUCUUGGUGUUGCAUUUGAACAAGGCCGCAUCCUGCCCGUUCCCGAAGUAGUCCCCUUCCGUCUGACACGCGACCUAGUUGAUGGAUUUGGCAUCACCGAGACCGAAGGUGUCUUCCGGCGCUGCUGUGAGUUUACCCUUGAGGCACUCCGCCAAGAAUCGUAUAGCAUCAUGACCAUCCUCGAUGUUCUGCGCUAUGAUCCCUUGUACAGCUGGACUGUCUCGCCCCUGCGUAUGAAAAAGAUGCAAGAUAAUCAAGAAGCUGGCGAUGGGCCUCCUCUACUGCCUGGUGCUGGUGUGGCCGAUACCUCUUCGAGGAACGAGCCCAGUGAGGCUGAUCGAGCCUUGACUGUCGUAGCCAAGAAGUUGAGUAAGACUCUGAGUGUCACUGCUACUGUCAAUGAACUGAUUCAGCAAGCGACUGAUGAGAGGAAUCUUGCUGUGCUAUACUGUGGCUGGGCGUCUUAUGCUUGA